AUUUCGGCCUCUUCCCCCGCCGCACCGUAAACUGUGUUUUCCUGCGAGCUGCUGCAAAGGGGAGCGGGUAGCAUUGGCGUCGUGGGGUUAAAGUGAAAGAUUAGUAUUGCAGUAUUAUGACAAACGGAGAUGACACGCAUCCAGAAGGAACCGUGUUUGUUUUAUAUGGCAAAAUGAUGCAGGGGGGGGAGAGUCGCCACAGAGACGCUGGGCUCCGGCCAAACAUCACAGCAUUUUAGCACUUAUUCGAUGCUCGGGAUUUGCAUUGCAUUGCAUUUGCUGCAUCGUUGAUCGGCCAUAUUUUUGCAAAGUGCAUGGAGAAAAUGCAGCUUGUUUGAGGACACCCCCUCCAGAUAUCCAUUGCUGCCAUGAUAGGCAGAGGUCUCCUCUCGACCGCGGCUCGGCCGGUUGGAGAAGAGGCAGUUUGAUUUGGGACGGUGGGUCGCAUCUGCGGAUGUUAUUCUGUCUGUGGAGCCUGUAAAUAUCACCCGCGCAAACACACCGUGAUUCUUACUCAGGGAAAGAGGAGAGAGAAAACAACAUGUCUUCUCGGUCUGCAUUACCGUCUGGAAACGACAGGAGUACUGGAGACCAUCAUGUGUCGCUGGGGGCCAGCCGCUCAGACAAGGCCACCAGCCAGUCCAGCCGCUCACUGGGCGCCCGGUGCAGGAACUCCAUCGCCUCCUGCUCCGACGAGCAGCCACACAUCGGCAACUACCGCCUGCUCAAGACCAUCGGCAAGGGAAACUUUGCCAAGGUCAAGCUGGCCCGCCACAUCCUGACGGGCAAGGAGGUUGCAAUAAAAAUCAUUGACAAAACUCAGUUGAACCCAACCAGCCUACAAAAGCUCUUUCGGGAGGUACGAAUAAUGAAAGGCUUAAAUCACCCUAACAUAGUGCAGCUGUUCGAGGUGAUUGAGACUGAUAAGACCCUUUACCUGAUCAUGGAGUAUGCCAGUGGAGGUGAAGUGUUUGACUACCUCGUGUCUCAUGGGAGAAUGAAGGAGGUUGAAGCCAGAGCUAAAUUCCGACAGAUUGUUUCUGCUGUCCACUACUGCCACACAAAGAACAUUGUCCACAGAGAUUUGAAGGCGGAGAACCUUCUGCUGGAUGCCGACGCCAACAUCAAGAUCGCCGACUUUGGCUUCAGCAACGAGUUCACGCUGGGCAACAAGUUGGACACGUUCUGUGGCUCGCCGCCCUACGCUGCCCCUGAGCUUUUCCAAGGCAAGAAGUACGAUGGCCCCGAGGUGGACGUCUGGAGUCUUGGAGUCAUCCUCUACACGCUGGUCAGCGGCUCGUUGCCCUUUGACGGGCAGAACCUGAAGGAGCUGAGGGAGCGUGUGCUGAGAGGAAAGUACCGCGUGCCCUUCUAUAUGUCCACAGACUGCGAGGGGAUCCUUCGCCGAUUCCUGGUGCUCAACCCCACCAAACGCUGCACCCUAGACCAAGUCAUGAAGGACAAGUGGAUAAAUUCAGGGUAUGAGGAGGAUGACCUGAAACCCCACAUAGAACCUGUUGAAGAUUACAGUGAUCCGGCUCGCAUAGAGGUGAUGGUGGGGAUGGGCUUCACUUCAGAAGAAAUCAAGGACUCUCUGCUCAAUCAGAAAUACAAUGAAGUCACCGCUACCUACUUACUACUGGGCCGCAAAGGCGAUGAAGCCAGUGAGGCUCGCACAGCUAGUAGCCUGUCCCUGGCAAGAGUACGACCCAGCCCCAUCACCAACGGGACCAACAAGCACUCUUCAGCCACUGGCUCCUCUUCCUCCUCCACCUCCUCUUCACAUAGUAAGACCCAGCGCAGUGCCUCCACCUACCACAGGCAGCGACGACACAGCGACUUCUUCCUCCACAACAAAGGCGGGCCCUCCAUGCCCGUCAUGCACCCCAAACGGAGCCCGACCAGCACGGGCGACCGUGAGCUGAGGGAGGGCCGAAUGCCUUCACGUAAGGCCAGUUGCAGCGUGAUGGGGAGCCACAGUCUCCCUCCCUCCAGCCCAAUGGUCAGCAGUGCCAACAACCCCAACAAGUCUGAUAUCCCAGACCGCCGCAAAGACAUGACUGCCACCACGAAUAACAUCCCUGGAAGUGCCAUGACACGCAGGAAUACAUAUGUGUGCACUGACCGCUCGGGCACUGACAGACACUCUCUCCUGCAGAACGGCAAAGACAACAGCACCCUAGGCCACCGCAUGCCUGCAGCGUCUCCCUCCACUCUCAGCAUUUCUGCCGCCGGAGCUGCCUCCUCCUCUUCCUCUUCGGACCGAUGCCGUUUGACCCGAGGCUCCACCAUUCGCAGCACUUUUCACGGGGGACAGCUGAGGGACCGUGGGACCCCGGUCUACUCAGCCCCACCCACUUCACCCACCUUGUCCCACCAUGACACCAGCCCUCUGCCCCACGCGCGCACCAGGGCGACCUCCAACCUCUUCACCAAGCUGACCUCCAAACUCACUCGCAGGGUCACAAAUGAAUCUGAGGGAAUCAGGAGAUUUGCGGUCACAAGUUGCCAUCUACCUGGGUAUCAAAAAGCGUCCGAGCCCCGGGCCGUCGGACGUGGCUGGGAUCUGAGAGGCGGUGGGCGGCGGGACCCUGCGGAGGUGGUUCUGGCUCUGCGGGAGGCAGCACUCGGAUGUGGCUGCCAGGUCCACCAUGCCGGCCCCUUUCUGCUCUCCUGCACCCACGGCGUGGCAGGGGGCCGCGUUGCUUUCGAGGCCGAGGUGUGCCAUCUUUCCACGGGCACCUCCGAGACUUCUAACGGGGUGCGCUACACGCGACUCUGGGGGACACCGCUAGCUUUUCGGGACAUUGCCACCCAAAUCUCUAAGGACCUUGAACUUUGAACGGAGGAUGUGUUUGAGUACGAGUGUGUGUUUUUGUGUGAGUGAGUGUUGAUGUGUGCGCAAAGGGAGGGGGGGGGGGUGGAAAUAAUUGAAGAAAAUAAUACCAGAGAAGUGGCGAGGGGCUGGACCCGAGAGAAAAGACUUCUUCUUCUGUCUCUGUCAUGUCUACCCCCCCUGCACACACACACACACACACACACACACUGAUACACGCACACCUGACCUGUAAAGUCACAAAGACUGCGGCACCCCCCUCCACCCAGUCACCCCACCCAGCUCAGCCAACUUCACUGAGCAAUUGCUCCUACUGGACCUGGAUCAGACAGAAUCUAGUUGAAUAUUUUUUAUUGCUACUCUAGCCAUAAUGACUCUUUAUUUUGUUAUUUAUUGCUCUGGUCAUUGUUUUUACCCACUGUCACUUUCACCACUCCAGAAAAACAUCAUCUCUUGUGUACCGGACGUCAUUGACCAGCCAGUCCUUUUUUUAAAUUGUUCUUUUAUAUGUCACAGUUACGUGCACCAUUUUUUCCACUUACCAAUGACGUGAUUAUCUGCUGACUUCUCAUCACCUGGGGACACUAACAUGCACAAACGUGGGUAUGGUCCGACUCAGUGAUCACACAAGUAGCCACAGAGGGUUGCAGUGCUUUGAUUCGUGUACAUACAGCAGUGACGAGUGCACUGGAUUAAGGUCAGUGGGAGAGGGGUUGACAGGCCUUUAAAACAGCCAAUCAGAGGCUGACUUGGAAUGCAAAAGCCAGAGACAUUUUCCGCUUCAUGAACUGAUUCAGUUGUUGCCUCUCAAACAUUAGUUUCUCUGCAUGGGACUAGCAAAAAUAAAAAAAAUGUAGAUAAUGUUUAUUAGGAAACUAAACCCCAUGGUUUGCAAAAUGAUUAUGAAUACAAGAAGAGAAUAUUUUGGUGCAUUAACGCCAUUCUCCAUGUUAGAUUCUUGCUUCACCAAUAUCAAAAUUAAUUCAAUACAGCCGAUCUGGUUAAAUAUUAUACGUUUUUUAACUGUCAUGCCAUCGUUGUCAUAGAAUACUUUUUCUAUGCUGGCUCUAAAAGAAUGAAUGCAAAGACUACAUGCACACGUGCUGCUCUCUGGUUGGCUGGAUUCAUCGUUUGUCAGCGCUGGUCAUCGUCAGCAAAACUUGUUUAAAAACAAGUUAGAGUUGUUCAAAGCAUUUAGAUUUUACAACCUCCCACCCUUUUUCAUCCCAUUACCUUUCUUGAAAAGCAUAAUACUGAAGACGUGACAUACUCGAGAAUAUCUUUCUAACUAGGAAUCCUCAACUGUUGCAAUCUUUCAAGGUGAUUAAAACACAUGUGGUUUGUCGUCCAGGACUUGCCCUUGCCAAAUCUGUCAGUUGUCCCGCCACAAAAUAACUGAGAUACUGUAAGAUUAGUUUAUUUUCAGUGCAAUGCAAUUCUUUAGUUCUAUUCUGUGCCAUGUGGUCUCAUCUCAGUCCUCCUCUCAAUAUGUUGAUGGGAAACACCAAAAGCAAACAGCGAAACCUCUCAGAUUACACACUCACCGUUACACACACAGAGAAACAUGCACUUCUAAAUAUCCAACCUCUCCUUUUUCUGGCACAGUCUAUAAACUGGUCUGUGGGCUGUGAGGAUCGGGGGGGAGUGUUCUGAAUCUGGAAAGGCACGAUGAAGGCAGUGCAGUAUUUUCUUCUUGUUAGUCCAGUUGCCUUUAAAGUGAACAACUCUCAGCGCCUUCAUACAGUGCAUAUUUAAUGUAAAAAAAAAUAAAAGAGAGACAGAAAAACUGAGAACUUUCUAUCCUCCCUCCCUGUUUUUAGUGAAUAACGUACUGUGAUAUUUACGUAGGCUACAGAGAUCAUGUUGUUUGGCUGCUGAUUUACUGUUAAUACUAUCUCUCAGUUGUGGCUUUGCUCAUGGUGACCCUAAACACCCCCUACCCCACCCCCAUUUCCCACCCAUCAUUAACUCCUGAACUCCCUACAUUUAACUGGGACACCAACCUUAGCUGUCCACCACCUUCGUAUGUACCACCGACCUUUUUCUAUCGUCACAUUGAGCGUUUGGCUUUCCUCAGCUCUUCGUUUCAGACCCCGUUCUCUUGCGGGGAAACACUCGGCCAUCAUCCACAAUCUCACACUGUAGACCUAUGUAUGACAUCUUCUCAGUCCUGUUAGUGUGCCGUUUCAUGAAGCCCAACAGGGGACACGGUGUUGACCGGUCCUCCUCAGGGUGAGAAGCAGACACCAAUAUGGACACCAGAAGUCUGUCCUUGUCCUCUCCCUGGACGUUUCUCAUUGUGGUGUAUAUUAGCAUUAGGUAAUAUAGACCUCAAUGCACUUUGCUUUGACUUGAAUCAGCUCCUUCCAGUGUACCUGUACAGGUAAUACAGAGAACUAGCCACUGGAGGGGGCCAAUGUCUUAAAUGUGAAACACUUCAAUUUGUGGAUAUUUGCACAGGUACUUUAUUUAUUUUUUAGAAUAAUAUCAUUUAAAAAAACAGGAUUUAUAUCAGUCAGUUGAUGGCUGUAUAUAAAAUAUAUGAAUAUAGUAUAUAUCUUAGAGCUCAAGGUUUAUUUAUAGCUAGAGCAAGGGAAGUAAUUCUAGUUUAAAACAGAUUCUGUCAGUGACAAUGGGGAACAAAACCAACCUGCAAUCCUGCAUGACUUCAGAGUUCGGGUUUUAGGGGAAAAAAAUAAACAUGCACACCUAGGAUUGAAAGCUUUGUGAAAUGCAGACACGAUCGUUUUUAGACGUGAAUUAAUACAAAAUGGUGCUAAAUGUAGCGCCUGGUCCUUCCC